AUGGUAUCUCAAUCAACCAUCGCCGCCAUCACAACGAUACUUCUCGGCACCAACAUUCUUGUAGCUGCAGCUCCUGCCCCGUCUUUUAAUGAGACUGAACUGGUGGCGCGAAUGGACGCCAACACCGCCAGCUGUGAGAACACAUGGGAGCACGUUACCAACGACCCUGUCGUGCAAUACUGGUACUUGGUCGUUCCCAACUCCGGCGUCAAAGCCAACCGCAUGUGGAAUCAUCUCAACCUCAACGGCUGCGCACCAACGGAGCACAAGUACUACAAUACACCAAAGAACCAUGGGGUCGCACUCACAUUCCACACCAGUGAGGCGUGCACCGCCGCAAGGGUCAGUCAUGCGUACAGAUCUUCCUCCGACCCACCUUAUAACCUUGGCUGUACCUUUAAUGGCAAGGAAAGCCCUAACGGCGGCGAGGCUGGGGCCGCGGCAAUUGAUGCCGCAUUCGAGGCUGUGCUUGAAGGGAUUCGUGCCUAG